AUAACACAAAGGCACGGGCACACGGGCAGCAACUCGAACUCAAUCCUGGUCUUCAGCAAUGGCCACCGCCACCUCCCCGCUCCUCUCCCUCUCUUCCCUCUCCGCCUCCCUCCCUUCCCCCGUCCGGGCGCCCGCCUCCCUCUCCCUCCGCGCCCUCGCCCCGCAGGCCCGUCUUUCGACCUCCUACGCCGCCUUCCCCAUCGGUGGGUUCGGGAACUCGGCGUCUACGGGAAGGUGGAGGAGGAGGGGGCUUGAGGUGGUGUGCGCCGAACCGCCCAAGACGGGAAGACAGCCGGACUCGGUCAAGAAGAGGGAGCGCCAGAAUGACGUGCACCGCAUCCGCAACCAUGCCCGCAAGGCUGAGAUGCGCACCCGGAUGAAGAAGGUUUUCAGAGCCCUUGAGAAGCUCAGGAAGAAGGCCGACGCCCAACCUGAAGAAAUCAUUGAAAUAGAGAAAAUGAUUUCCGAGGCAUACAAGGCCAUCGACAAGACAGUGAAGGUUGGUGCCAUGCACAGGAAUACUGGAGACCAUCGCAAGUCCAGGCUGGCAAGGAGGAAGAAGGCGAUCGAGAUACUCCGUGGUUGGUAUGUUCCAAAUGCUGAACCUGCUGCUACUGCUGCCUAGUUUCUGGGAGAAUCAUCAUCACGAAUUUUCAGCAGCUUUGUUUUCGUCACGUCUUCCAAUUUUUUGGACAGCAUAUAUUAUGGACCGAACUAAAUAGCUUCCCGAGUUUUCUCUAUGUCAAGCAUUCUGUUUAUAUCUUUUGGUACUGUGUUUAUGUGCUUGCUAUGCACUAGAAGCCUUGACAAAAAGUUGGUUUUCUUCUCUUACAUUCCUGUUGUUGACUUGUUCACAUCAGUGUUGUAAACCUUUAAACUGAAAUGUACCUGUUGUAUGGUGUGUACAAAGAGUAUGAUCAGUACAAAUGUUCUCUUAUUGA